AAUCUGCAAAAUUUGCCGACUGUGUACUUGUUAUUUGUACGGCAUAGUUCUUAGGUAUGUUAAGAGUACACUGAAAUUUUGAUUUCAAGCAUAUUCCUGUAUGGAAAGUUAACUUCGAAAUGUGUAUGGCGCGUUUCUUCAGAUUUUCAUUUUAACUAUGGCUUUAUUAGAAGAUACGCUUAUUGUAUUUGUAACGCAGGUCCUGUUUUUUGUUGGAGGAUGGGUUUUCUUUGUAAAGCAGCUCUUCCGAGAUUAUGAAGUACACCAUGUGUUGGUGCAACUGAUGUUUUCCGUAACAUUUUCGUUAUCGUGUACGAUGUUCGAGCUUAUUAUCUUUGAAAUAUUAGGUGUUCUUCACUCCAGCUCUAGGUAUAUCCACUGGAAACUAGGUCUCUAUGCUAUAUUAUUUAUGUUGAUAGUUAUUCUCCCUUUUUACAUUGGAUAUUUCAUAUUGUCAAACAUUCGUUUUGUUCAGAGACAGUUGAUCAAACCAUUAACCAUAGCUUCUUGGCUGGGUUUUAUGUACUUGUUCUGGAAAAUAGGCGAUCCCUUUCCUAUUUUAAGUCCCAAGCAUGGUAUUUUUUCUAUUGAACAAGGUAUCAGUAGGGUUGGAGUAAUUGGCGUAACUUUAAUGGCUCUUCUUUCUGGAUUUGGUGCUGUGAACUACCCGUACACGUCUAUGACUUAUUUCAUGAGGAAUGUGUCUCCUUCAGAUAUUCAAAUGCAAGAAAAGAAAGUGAUGCAAACUUUAGAUAUGAUCAUAAUGAAGAAGAAAAGAAUAGCCUUACAUGAAAAAGAAAAACAACAGCAUACAGCUAUUUCACAUGCAGCAUCUGGCUUGUGGGGAAUGUUGAAGAGUGUCACAACUUCAUCCAGCACAUCUGUUGAAAAUAUCAACCAGCUAAAGCAAGAUGUGAAGGCUUUAGAGGAACUUAAUAGACAGCUUUUUUUGGAAGCUGUAGAUGUUCAUAAUAUGCAGGAACGAAUUGAGUGGUCCAAAACUUUAAAAGGAAAAUAUUUCAAUUGUUUAGGAUACUUCUUUUCCUUAUACUGUAUGUGGAAAAUUUUCAUAUGUACAUUUAAUAUUCUUUUCGACCGGGUUGGCAAAGUUGAUCCUGUCACACGAGGUAUUGAAAUUGCUGUGAAUUACAUGGGUAUCAAUUUUGAUGUAAAAUUUUGGUCUCAACACAUAUCUUUCAUUCUGGUAGGUGUAAUAGUUGUAACUUCCAUCAGAGGUCUAUUAAUCACUUUAACUAAGUUCUUUUAUGCCAUAUCGAGCAGUAAAUCAUCAAAUGUUAUCGUUUUGGCAUUGGCACAAAUUAUGGGUAUGUAUUUUGUAUCAUCUGUGCUGUUAAUGCGAAUGAAUAUGCCAUCAGAAUAUAGGUCCAUAAUUACUCAAGUUCUUGGAGAUUUGCAGUUUAACUUCUAUCAUCGAUGGUUCGAUGUGAUAUUUUUGGUUAGUGCUUUAUCAAGUAUAGGCUUCUUGUAUUUAGCUCACAAGCAACAUCCAGAAGCUGACAUGAUAUGAAACAUGAUCCUUUUGUAUAAUUAUAUUUUGUAAAAUAAAGCACGCUUGUAAGAUA